CGAGAGUCGUUCAAUGAUGGGCACUCACAUGUCUGAAAGAGUCUGCGAGGUCGGCUCGCCGACUAUAAUAAAAUAGUAAAAAGAUGGCCUUGAUGCCCUGCCCCAAGUCAUCAACAAAGUCAUCAUCAUACAUCACGAUUCACGUCAUCAUUAAUCAUGGUUUAUGGACCAAACAUCAAGUCCGUAGAGCCGUUACAUGUCGGACAGUUCCUGUUCGUCCGUAUUGAGACCGACAACAAUAUCGUUGGAUGGGGAGAGGGAGGAGUCUGGGGCCAUAUUGAGGCCGCAGCAACAGCCGUCACACGUUUCGCAGAAUACCUGGUCGGCAAGCCUGCAUUCGCUAUUGAGCAUCACUGGAAUGUGAUGCACCGAUUCAGCUAUUUCCAGGGCUUAGCCAUCAACGCCGCCAUCUCCGGUAUCGAUAUUGCCCUCUGGGACAUCAAGGGCAAGGCACUAGGUGUGCCAAUCUAUGAAUUGCUAGGCGGCGCCUGUCGCAACAAAGCUCGCGUUUAUGGUCACAUCUACGAAAAGACCAUCGAGGGCGUGUUGGAGGAAUGUAAGCGGAAGAUGGACAUGGGAUACACUGCCUUUGGCCAUAUCAACCCUUUCCUGGAUGAGGGCAACGACCAGGUCUACUUCAAGACUCACGUCAAGAAAAUGCAAGACGCAGCCGAGAAUGUUCACAAGAUGCGUGCUGUUGUCGGGGAUAAGGUCGAUCUGCUCAUCGAGCUGCACCGCCGCUUGACACCCGCAGAGGCCGUUACGUUCACCAACCUCAUCAAGGAUGACAACCCGAUGUUCGUUGAGGAUCCUAUUCGUCCCGAGAACGCUGAUGCCAUGGCUCGUGUGGCCGAUCGCAUUGCAGUACCCAUAGCCACUGGAGAGCGCUUCUUCACCAUCUACGAGUUUCAAGCUUUGCUUAGCCGAAACGCUCUGGAAUAUGUGCGUGUGGAUGUAGCAGUUUGUGGAGGAAUCACCGGAGCGAAGAAAGUCGCCGCUAUGGCAGAGGCUCACAACUGCCAAGUUGUCCCCCAUAAUCCGCUCUCACCUGUUGGGUUGGCAGCUUGCCUUCAGAUCGCUGCGGCCAUCCCUAAUUUCGCCAUUCAAGAGUAUGCUACUGGAUUUGAAGCAGGUGUUUUCACUUCGACCAUCGAACAUCUUGGUGCGAACAUUGUUGAUCAUGUCCCGGAGGUCAAAGAUGGCUUCGUAGAUAUUCCUACAGGACCAGGACUUGGCGUCAAUGUGCUUGAUGAUGCUCAGUCGAUUCGCCCUCCAUUUGUCCAGCCAAUCAGCAUGAGGCUGCACAAGGAUGGCUUUGUCGUAGAUCAGUAGUCUAAUUAAGAUACCGUAGAC